AUGUCGUCUAAAAUAAACGAAGCUCAAGAACACUGCAGAGCUGCAGAGAAAGCUUUAAAAACAUCAUUGCUGCGUUGGAAGCCAGAUUAUGAUUUGGCUGCUGAUGAAUACAGUCAAGCAGCUCAAUGUUAUCGUAUAGCCCGUGACAUAAAUAAUUCCAAGGAGUGCCAUUUGAAAGCCUCAGAAUAUUACAAGAAGAUUCGUGCAUUCUUCCAUGCUGCAAAGGCCUUAGAGAACAUUAUCCUCAUCACCAAAGAGACUGCUCCUGCUGAUGAGUUAAGGGACUCUGGUGCGAGUGUCCUUGAUAAAGCUGCAAAGAUAUUAGAAGAAAAUUAUCCUGAAAAAGCAGUGCUGUUAUUCCAGCAAGCAGCAGAUGUGUCAUCUACAGAGAGUUACCAGCAUCAAGGCUCAGAGUAUAUCAGCAAGUCAUCACGGAUCCUUGUGAAACUUCAGAGGUACGAUGAAGCAGUGGACAGCCUGCGCCGUGAAAUUGGAUUUCACCAGGAAUCUGGCAACACCGGAGCUAUUGGAAGACUCACAGUAGCCAUUGUAUUAGUCCAACUCGCGCGCGGAGACCCGGUGGCUGCCGAAAAGGCUUACAAGGAAUGGGGUAACAACUGCGAAGCAGCCGAAAUGUCAACUCUCGAGCAGCUUCUUCAGGCUUACGACGAGGAAGAUCGCGAAGGGGCAAGGCGUGCUCUCGCUUCACCGUUUAUAAGGAGCAUGGACGUGGAAUACGCGAGACUGGCUAAAACAGUGCCUUUGCCAGAGGGCAUUGAACCCGCGCCCAAAGCGAAUGUAAGGGAGAAUGCGGCGCCAUCUUACGUCAGCGCUAAUACUGCCAACGCUUCCAAUGCAGCGAACAAUCAAGAAGAAGAGUCUCCGUACGAGCCAGUGACAUACGAAGAGAAGAAAGCCGACGAUGAAGAUGGAUUAUGCUAA